AAUAUUUUUGUGAUAAUGACCUGGAAGUUUUCAAAUAUCACCGCGAAUUUUUCCUUUUGAUGCGGAAAAUGAAAGGUUUAAUUUCAGUCGAUAUCUGCAGAGUAUGUCGCGCUGAAGGGACACAUGAUAAGCCUCUGUACCAUCCAUGUAUAUGCACGGGAAGUAUUAAAUUUAUACAUCAAGAAUGUUUGGUACAGUGGCUUAAACACAGUAAAAAAGAAUAUUGUGAAUUAUGCAAUCACCGGUUUGCCUUCAAACCAAUUUAUGCACCAGACAUGCCCAACAGACUUCCUGUCAAGGAUUUUGUUGGUGGUUUAGUAACAAACAUUCUUAGAGCUCUAAAAUAUUGGCUUCAUUACACACUGGUUGCCUUGGCAUGGCUCGGAGUUGUGCCUAUUACAGCAUAUCGUAUAUAUAGAUGCCUAUUUGCUGGAUCUGUCAAUUCCCUUCUCACUUUACCAUUAGAUAUGUUAUCCACAGAAAAUCUAUUUUCAGACUGCCUACGAGGAUGUUUUGUGGUAGCAUGUACACUUUGUGCAUUCAUCAGCUUAGUCUGGCUACGGGAACAGAUUAUUACAAAUGGUGGCCCUGCAUGGCUGGAGCCAAAUGUAGUUGAUCCUCUUCCCCAACUUAAUGUUGUAAACAAUGAUCCUGGGGGUGCUGCUGGGGAUGCAGCUGCCGAGGGAGGUGGGGUUGGGGGGAAUGUUAACCAGCCUCAAGAUAUUCCAGAGGAAGAAGGCAACAAUGGAGCAAAUCAAGAUGCAGAAAACGGAGCUCAAAAUGGUGAUGAUGAUGGAAAUUGGAAUCCUGUGGAAUGGGAAAGGGCUGCUGAAGAACUUACAUGGGAGAGGAUGCUUGGGCUGGAUGGAUCUUUAGUAUUUUUGGAGCAUGUUUUCUGGGUAGUCUCUCUAAACACAUCUUUUAUUUUGGUCUUUGCCUUUUGUCCUUUCCACAUUGGGCAGUUUACAGUUAUUUUAUUGUCACUUGAAGAAGUGUUUCAAUCAUCAAAAUUUGAAGGUCUACUAACUGCAGUUCUAGGAUAUGUGAUUAUCGCCUUCUCUCUUAUAUUAUGUCAUAGUGUGGCAUCCCUGUGUGGAUUGAGAAGACCGAAAAGAAUAUUGGGGUUGUGCUACGUAGUAGUUAAGGUUUCCUUGUUAAUGUUGGUAGAGAUUGGAUUGUUCCCAUUGGUGUGUGGUUGGUGGUUAGAUGUAUGCUCACUGUCUCUGUUUGGUGCUACAUUGAAAGACAGGCUUCUGAGUGUUGAUUCGGCACCAGGUACAGCCAUGUUCCUUCAUUGGCUGGUUGGUAUGGUUUACGUGUUCUACUUUGCUUCAUUUGUACUCUUGCUCAGAGAGGUGCUCAGACCUGGUGUCUUGUGGUUCUUGAGAAAUCUGAAUGAUCCUGACUUCCAUCCAGUCCAGGAGAUGAUACGACUUCCAGUUUACAGACAUGCGAGAAGGUUUUUACUGUCAUUGGUUGUGUUUGGUACCACGGUGCUACUCAUGAUGUAUCUUCCUGUCCGACUCAUUAAAUGGCUGUUUCCAAGUUUCUUGCCGUACAACGUACAGUUGUCAAGUGAGGUUCCAGUAAGCGAGUUAUCCCUCGAGUUCCUGCUGCUCCAAGUUGUGUUACCAGCGUUGUUGGAACAAGGUCAUACUAGACAAUGGCUGAAAAAUGUCAUGCGUGGCUGGGCUGUGGCUGCGGCAUUCGUCCUAAAUCUUCGAUCGUAUCUGUUGGGUGAUGUGCCUUUGGAUGGAGCAGAAAAUGUGUAUGGUUUGCAUUUAAGUUACCGUGUUGAUCAGAGGAAUGCUGGGAAUGGUCCUCAAGUAAACGCUGCUGGUCAGAAUGCAGUGCAGGCUCAGCCAGCUGCUGGUAAUGCCGUGGGGGGCGGUGGAGCCGCUCUCGGUUUUCAGCCGUAUAUCAGACCACGCAUGUUUGCUUUCAAGAUAUUGUUGCUUGUCAUGCUGAUGUGUGUCUCGCUGUCUUUUGCAAGUUUUGUGACUUUAACAGGACCUGUGUUUAUUGGCCGAAGCGUGAUGCUACUAUGGAUGGGUGAUGCAACUGUGCACGAGCUGUAUACAGCAGCAUGUGGUUUGUAUAUUAUGUGGCUUGUUUGCCGAAUUGGCAGUGUACUCGCCUCCUGGAUACCUCUUGGCUGGAAGGGUGUGGCCAUGAAAUUCUUCGAGUGGUUUCUCCUGGGUCUCAAGUGUGUUAUCGUGGCCCUUGCUCUUAUUGGCUUGGUACCUUUAUUGCUGGGCCUUCUGUUUGAGCUCGUUGUAGUAGCGCCUCUGCGAGUCCCACUCGAUCAGACCCCUUUGUUUUUUCCUUGGCAGGACUGGGCAUUGGGUGUACUCCACAUGAAGAUUAUAUGCGCUGUUACCAUGAUGGGUCCAAACUGGUGGCUCAAAAGAGCUUUAGAACAGGUUUAUCAAGAUGGUGUUCGGAACAUAAAUGUGAUGUUUGUAUUUCGACACGUGACCUUACCCGUUGUAAGUUGUCUCCUAUUGGCUGUUUCAUUCCCCUACGUCACUGCUGCCGGAGUUGUACCCAUAUUUGUGCGAUCACCUGACACUCGCUUGUUCUGUCUCCGCCGUAUUUACCCGUUCCUGUUGGCCAUGUUCGUCCUGAUUGCGGGCUUUAUAUUCCAAGGACGUCAAUUCCGUCUUUUGUACGAACGAAUCAGGAAUGAUAAGUAUCUUGUUGGCCAGAAACUGGUCAACUACGAACAUGGUAAACGCCCUACUAAGGUUCCUACCAAAGCAAUGGCUGAUACCGAGUGAAUUCUAAUCUUUAUGAGGUGUUCACGGUUUGCUCGGAGUCAUGGAUAGCAACAGUCACACAACACAGGAAAUUUCAUAAGCAUUGCGUGACAACCGUCGCGCAAAUAGGCGGUCCAUUCACAGGGAAAAAAUUGUGAACAUACACGAUAGCGUACUUUUAAAAUGGCACCACUCUAUGUAGAAUUCAGUGUUUGUGUUUGCCAUCGGUCUGCUAAAGGGAAAUUAUGUGAGCUCGUUAUUUCGUUAUUUAUUAAUUUCCCAAAAUGUGUGCGAUCAAUCGUUGGGAAACAGAACGUGAGUGUAACUGUAAGAGAGAGCGUUACAUGUUACAUGUGUAGUAGUUUUAUUAUUACUCACAAUUAUAAAAUUUAUAAAUGAUGUAAAAAGUCAACAAGUUUACCAGGGGCUAAUUAAUUUCUUUUGAGAAAAUUUUCAGUUCUAUAGGAAUAUAACAAGUGCAUUUGUAUUUUGAGUUUAACAAGGUAGCCUUUCUCAGGAGUACAGUUUAACAGCAGAACGGAGCGAGACGGUUGACGGCGCGACCCGACCCGACCGCUACUGUCACGCUUCGUUUUACUUACUCUGAACGCCCAGAACAGGCUAUUAACAAGGCGACCUUAUCUUGCAAGUGGAAAAUUAUUUAGAUUUAUUUACAAGGUUUUAAAAAAAAUCGGUGCGUUUCGUUAGUUAGUGACGUGAUAAGGCCAGAUGCUUGAAUCAUUUGUGUACAUUUUUGUGUCGUAUCGAGGUACAAGGAGCAUUCGCGCGAGGAAAGUGACUGUCGACCUUUGCAGAACUAGCAUUACGUAAAGCCGUACCCUCUCCCCGAGAAGAAAUGUUUCUCCUCGUGGGGAGGGUACAGCUACACGAAGGCUAUGGCGAAAUGAGAGUUGAUUUCCAGCGAGGCGGGUAAUCAUUGCGGGAUAAGGAGGCAUCUUUGGAAAGCACGACACUUGAAGGAAUCACUCCUGUUGAUUCUAAGAUAUUUGAAAUACCUUUGUCAUUCCUGUGGCUUUUAUUUUAAGAAGUCUUGCAUUUGUGGAUUUAAUCUGUCGACUAAAUUGUUAGCUUAUGAAUACUUCAUGAAGAGAGAGAUUAACUGUAAAUAGAAGUCUAUAGGGUUAUUAUUAUUAUUAUUUUGGUAGAGCUUUGAAUAUUUCCAGGGAUAGGAGAGCUUAGAAAUGAGCUCAUAAUAAACUGUUUAUAACUCACCAACGAACACGAUGUGUAGCUUGUAACUGGGAAGAAGACUUUUUUUUUUCA